GGUAGCUUCAUUCAUUGUUAGUUUCCUUCAUGGAUUGCUAAUCUCUAGAUGUUACUGUUACGUCACAGUGCUUAAAUUAUAUCCGAUAAAUAAAAUUAUGGAAGAUAACAAAGAAGGACUUUCGGUCAGACGAGGGAGCUGUGUCAGAAGCUUGCGACCUAUUCUAUCUCCAAAACCUUGGACAAAUUUGUCGCAAUUCGGAGAAAAAAGAACUGCCUCCUAUAACUUUGAUUUAAGGCCGAGUUUGAAUUCGUCGCCAGCGAGAGAACGAAAACAUUCUUGGAGAGACGACCCAUCAUUGAACGUUCAUUUGGAGGCUGAUAUCGGUACCAGAACACAACCAAGGGGCAUAAAGUCGAAAAGCUGGGCGGCAGGACCGGUAUCACCAACUAUCAGAAACAGGCCUUACCGAAAAAUAAGCGCACCACUGCGUAUACCGAAUUCAUACACUGACAACCAUCCAAAGCCUGGACUACUUGUAAACGGGUCUAGAAGCGAACAAAUAACAUCACAAAACGUAGAUAACUUUGGAAUUUUUGAGAGAGACAAAAAUGCAUUAAUAACUCGGAAAAGUAAACCAUCAGAUCAAAAACGUAUCCGUCCAAAAGUGCGACAUCACGGUUCAGAAAGUCGAUUUCGAAGACGAAAAAGCUUUGAAGAUAGAAUCCAUAAUAACGGACGUUACGACUCGAGUUCGGAGGAAGAACAGAAGCAGAUUUCACACAGAGAUCGGAAAUUUUCAAGUUCGUCAACUCCGAGUUCCAACCUAGCGGUAUCUCUUGCAGAAGAAUUGAAUUCUCCGGUUUUGCAGAAAAAGCUGCAACGAGCCAUUGCUAGAAGAUCGAACAGCGAGAAUAAUUUUAUUCGACAGACGAGGAAAAUACGAGUAGAGGGUUGCAUGUACAAAUUGACAAUGGAGCCUGCGAGUUUGUGUAAUUCCGCAGAUGACGAAGUUCUGAAUUCCAGUCCCGAUGCUCCAAAAAAGCGCCAAGCAAUACAAAACGUAGGGCAUCGUACUGGGAGUAUAGGCAGCAGCCUAAGAUCGGGGUCCGUCCCCGAAGCUAUAUUGAGAAAGCAAUCAUCGGCAUUGCAGCGUCAAAGCUCUUACUCACAGAAGGAAAUGCGGCAAGCGCAAAAAUGGGUGUCAGAAAGGGAGGAGCAAGCCAGACAAAUAGACCUAACUAAACCAAUCCGGUUACCACCUACUGAAGAGCAAAUAGGAACUAGAAACGGGAAAACUAAUUCUAAUGAACAGGAUGAAUUAAUUUUACCUUGUGUUGAUAAAAGAGAAGCAUUGGACUGCGCUGCGUUACGACUAAGAAGAAUCACACAAGAAGUGGAAAAUGGUCAGAUUUCCCCGCAAAUAAUGAAAGAUACGUUACAAUAUGCUAUAUCUGUACUUGAAAUGAAAUUUCUUAACCGGACAAGUUAUUCUGACGAUGACUCUGAUGCAGAUGCGUCUUUACAAGGUGAUAGCGUUGUUCCACCAGAAAUCAAAAGGUGGUUGAUGCAGACUUUCAGUACUUCAGGAAUAGAUGGGAAAUCGAAACGUAAAGGAGAACGUCGAACGUUACGCAGCGUUGUUCACGUGAUGCAGGCGGGAAUGUUUGUGGAGCGGAUGUUCCGAAAAUCUUCAGCUGCCGCGAACAUGAAUAUAUCUCCAGAUAUACAGCAUCAUUUAAGGGGAAUCGGUAGAUGGAGAUUUGACGUAUUUGAACUGGAAGACAUAAGCGGCGGUAAUGCUUUGAAGUACACGCUAUAUGAAGUUUUGAGCAAAUAUGAUUUUAUCCGUAAAUAUAAGAUUUCACCUAAAGCACUGUUCGCUUUCGCCGAGCGAUUACAAAUCGGGUACAAAAAGCACAAUAACCAAUAUCACAAUCCCACACACGCAGCGGAUGUGACGCAAUGUAUUUCCGUGUUCCUUAACGAAUCAGGUUUCAUAAACUGGCUAAGCGAUCUGGAAGUAUUCGCGAUGAUUUUUGCCGGAGCGAUACAUGACCUCGAGCACACAGGAACAACGAAUAAUUUCCAUACACAAACGAGAUCGAGCCUCGCGCUUUUAUACAACGAUAAAUCCGUACUCGAAAACCACCACGUCAGUGCAGCGUUUCGAAUAUUGUGGGAAGACCCGGAAUGCGAUAUUCUGGGUGCAUUAUCGAAAGAUGAUUACAAACAAUUUCGAGAACUUGUUAUAGAAAUGGUGCUUGCAACAGAUAUGAGUCUUCACUUCGGACAAAUAAAAAAUAUGAAAUCGAUGUUACUUCACCCAGAAAACAUGGAAAGAUCAAAAGCGAUGGCACUCAUGAUGCACUGUGCUGAUAUCAACCAUCCUACACGUCCCUGGAAUCUGCAUCAUAGAUGGACAUCCCAGCUUCUGGAAGAAUUUUUCGAACAAGGUGACAAAGAGCGAGAGUUGCAAAUACCCAUAUCUCCACUUUGUGAUCGACACACCACCAUGGUAGCGCAAUCACAAAUAGGUUUCAUUGAUUAUGUUAUCAAACCUACUUUUGAAGUUUUGAACGACUUAUUUUGGAAAGUGAGUGUUUCUGUAACGGAAGAACCGCCAGGAAAAGGAAACUCAUCCGGUACCUCGAAUGGGUCAGAAUCACCAAAUUCAAAGCCAGGCUCAACCACUGAAAACAGUUCAGACGAUGAACCGGGAGCUUCCAGGCGUCACAGCGUAGGCGUUUCGCCAAAAAACUCAUCAUCGAUGGAGAAACCACAUUUGAAAGAAAAACUCAAAGAAUUUCGAAAAGCGUGCAAUCAUUACAUGAUGUCUAACCGACAAAAAUGGGUUGAAAAAGACAAAGAAGAGCAAAGUUUGAAACAAGCAGAGGAAGAACAAAAUUCUACACCGGUAUCACCUUCAACUCCACAGACACAAAGUUCCACGAGUAGUGAUAACGGCUCGACAACGACAUGACGUUUGAACUUCAGCCUCAUGCGCACUGUACUCUAGCUUUUUCUUUCUUGCUCGUUCCAUUUCAUUUUAUUUUUGAAUAUAUAUAUAUUAAAAGGAUAACGUAUGCGAUAUUAUCCGGAUAGAACUAUUGUAUGACAGUCGGCUGGAAUUUCUUUAUUUUAUAAAAAAAAAAUAUUUGGAAAA